AUGGAGUUCCAGAGGGCGAGCGCAGAGUGGGAUGUUCUGAUCAGCCUGGCCCACUACAGCCAGGGCGGAGAUGGGCCGAUGUGCAGACCUGUGGUGUGCCUUCCCGAGGAAGACGCCUGCUCAUUCCUGGAGCUCCGCGGCUCCCGCCACCCGUGCGUUUCCAAAACUUUUUUUGGAGACGAUUUCAUUCCCAACGACCUUGUCGUCGGCCGUGGGGAGAGUGAAGACGCGGAAGGCAGUGAUGGCGCGGCGCAGGCUUCCUGCAUGUUGGUGACCGGCCCGAACAUGGGUGGCAAGUCCACUCUCAUGAGACAGGCUGGUCUCCUGGUGAUCAUGGCUCAGUUGGGUUGCUAUGUGCCUGCUGAGAGCUGCAAGCUUACUCCGGUCGACCGAGUUUUCACACGACUGGGAGCGUCUGACAGAAUUAUGUCGGGUGAAAGCACUUUCUUUGUGGAGCUGAGCGAGACAUCCAGCAUCCUGCAACAUGCAACCCAGCAUUCUCUGGUGCUUCUGGAUGAAUUGGGUCGAGGCACAGCGACCUACGAUGGCACGGCCAUAGCUAGUGCCGUGGUUAAGGAGCUGGCUGAAAACAUCAGGUGCCGCACUCUGUUUUCUACACACUACCAUUCCCUGGUGGAGGAUUUUUCUCACUCCAGUGCAGUCCGUUUAGGCCAUAUGGCUUGUAUGGUUGAGAAUGAGUGCGAGGAUCCGAGCCAAGAAACCAUCACAUUCCUGUAUAAGUUCAUCAAAGGAGCGUGCCCUAAAAGCUAUGGAUUUAAUGCAGCACGCCUUGCAGAUAUUCCCGAGGAAAUCAUCCAAAAGGGUCACCAGAAAGCCAAAGAGUUUGAGAAGACAACUAGCUGCCUCAGGCUUUUCAAGGCGGUGUGCUGUUUGGUUGGAGGCCCACAGACUGACGUGCAUGCUAUACAGGCAGUCCUCAAGAAGAUUGCAGAGAUGUGAAUACAUUUCUACGUGGGUGUGGUGUUCAAUUCACAAAGACAGAUGGUGUUUGACAUUAUGUUCUAAUAAAGUUUAUUUUAAAAUGAUAA